AAGAAUAAACGUGGCGCCGGUGCAACUUUAUUACACUUGAUCGCUUGAUCGUAAACUGAUUUUUUGUGAGGGUGAUAAUUACAGGCGUGUGAAACAUGGCUCUUAACCUUACGGUAAAAGUUCAUCCUGUCGUUCUUUUCCAAAUAGUCGACGCUUAUGAGCGUCGAAAAGCGGAAUCCCAUCGUGUCAUCGGCACGCUGCUAGGUACCGCAGAGAAAGGAAUGGUCGAAGUUACAAACUGUUUUUGUGUACCGCACAAAGAAUCCGAAAGUCAAGUAGAAGCUGAUUUAACCUACGGAAUCGACCUGUACGAGUUGAAUCACAGGGUCAAUGGGCAAGAGAAUAUCGUAGGAUGGUGGGCAACCGGGAACGAGGUCACAACGCAUUCCUCUGUCAUUCACGAAUAUUACGUUCGUGAAUGUAAUAAUCCUGUUCACUUAACUGUCGACACGACAUUAGCAAAUACUACUAGAAUGGCCAUUAAAGCCUAUGUCUGCGUUCCAUUAGGGGUGCCUAAUGGAAAGCAAGGUUCUAUGUUCACGCCAGUUAAAGUACAGAUUUCGUCAUAUGAACCAGAAGUUGUUGGACUACAAUUAUGUUCUAAGACUCAGUUAGCAGCACACGCUCAGAUGAUUGGUGCAAAAACAGCAGGGGGUAUAGAACCGAUGAUGGAUCUAUCUCAAAUAGCAGAAGCCAGUGCUAAGCUCUCUUUUAUGUUAGAACAAGUUCUUGUAUAUGUUGACGACGUGCUGAGUGGCAAACAACCGCCAGACAAUCAGGUCGGUCGCGCACUUCUGGACAUGGUGCAUUCGGUACCAAAAAUGUCAAGCGAUCAAUUCGAUGAUAUGUUCAACAGUAACGUGAAAGAUUUAUUAAUGGUCGUCGCGCUUUCGCAAUUGAUAAAGACGCAGCUUCAACUCAACGAGAAACUCACAUUGCUCACGACCCUAUAAAUCUAAUUGUGUAAUAUGAUUUUUACGAAUAAAACAAGAUUUAAAUUUCCAA